AUGAAAUCGUCUCUGGCUCUGACCCUACUGGGUGCUGGCGCCGCCCAUGCAUUUCCUGCUAUGUCCGAUGCUGAAGCAAGUGCUAUGCUAGAUAGCAUGACACUGUCAAAACGGGCCAUCGAUCCAUCGAAGCCGAUUCCUGUCGAUGGUGAGCAUGCGUAUCGACGUGCGAACUUCGCGGCUGGUGAAAUCCGUGGUCCAUGCCCCGGGUUGAAUGCUUUGGCCAACCACGGCUACCUCCCACGAUCUGGUGUAGGCUCGAUUGCAGACUUCCAAGCAGUGACGGACGUUUUCGGCGUUGCACCGACCCUCAACCAAUUCUUGGCGGUGUACGGUGCAGUUUUUGAUGGAGAUCUUCUGUCCUGGUCGAUCGGUGGUCCGCCACCAGCAGGGCUUAUCGGUGGUCUUCUCGGUGGCACUGGUCUCAUCGGCGCGCCCCAGGGCUUGUCGGGCUCGCACAAUAAAUAUGAGGGCGACGCCUCACCGACUCGAGGGGAUCUUUAUGUUGAGGGCAACAACUUCGUAUCUCAGCCCGAAAACUUCCAGGCGCUGUACGACAUACAAAAGAAUGCUGCAAAUCCUAACUACAACUUGGAUGUACUUGGUCAACAUCGUAACAACCGCUUCGAGAAUUCGAUCGCUACCAACCCAUAUUUCUUCAAUGGACCUUUCAGUGGUCUUGCUGUGCUCCCAGCAGCUUACUCCUUCAUCUAUCGUCUCAUGGCCAACCACACUGGUGCCAAUCCACAGGAGGGUGUUUUGGACAAGGAGACCUUGAAGACCUUCUUCGGAUACACUGGGCCCGAUGAUGCUUUGGUGUUCAACCCAGGCACCGAGCGCAUCCCUGAGAACUGGUAUCGCCGACCAGCCAAUGACUACGGUGUAGCCGCUGCAGUAGCCGAUGGACUUUACUUCGAUCAAUUCAACCCAAGCUUUUUGUCCGUUGGUGGCAACACUGGCAAGGUGAAUAGCUUCACUGGCGUUGACGUCGGAGAUCUUUCAGGUGGCAUUUUCAACGCUCAAAACCUGCGUGAGGGAAACAACCUGUGGUGCUUCGCCAUGCAGUUCGCUGCUCAGGCUGCGCCAGACACUUUGAAGCCACUGUUCAGCACUCUCGGUCGACCAUUGGCACUUAUCCGCGGCGCAACCAAUAAUGCCAUCGCUGCGAUUGGUGGAUGCCCACAGUUGCAGCAGAUCGAAGAUGAUCAGUUCAACCAAUUCCCAGGUGCUGCUCGUCUGUCGGCGAAGGGAACUUAUUAA